AUGCAACAGAUUUUGUCAAAAUUUCAGGAACUAUUUUCUGACAAGCUGCCAAACGAGUUGCCGUUGUUGAGAGAUUUACAGCACCACAUUGAUUUGGUACCUGGGGCUAGUCUACCAAAUCUUCCACAUUAUCUCAUGAGCCCUAAGGAGAAUGACAUCCUAAGAGAGCAGAUUGAAGAAUUGUUACAAAAGGGUUUUAUCAGGGAGAGCUUGAGUCCCUAUGCGGUUCCAGUCAUUCUUAUUCCAAAGAAAGAUCAGUCAUGGCGUAUGUGUGUUGAUAGUCGAGCAAUCAACAAGAUUACAAUAAAAUACAGAUUUCUCAUCCCGUGA